ACUGCAAGCAUGAGCCGUGGCUACUAUCGUACCGAAGAGGAAAUCGUACAAGACAAAGUCCUUCACCGUGAUCCUGGAAUAAUCGAGGAGAACUACGCUUCGAAGCCCCCAUCACGAAGAUCUUCUUCUAAUACGAAUCCUGAUAGUCUUGUCAAUCAAAAACACGCUCAACCACUUCCAUCUCCACUUCAUUCUCCUGUUAAAAGUGUUACCGGAUCUUCGAAAAAUCAGUCACCGAAAAUGGCACCAGUUCGUUCGAAUUCUCGUGGAUCUUCUGCAUCUUCCGAAGAAGACAUUGGAACCCGUUCAUUCUCGAUUUCAGUGCUCAAAGAUUCCGGAACAAAAGUGGAAAUUAUGCUGAAAGCACAUGGGCUCAGAAAGAAGAAGGGAUUUAUUAAUUCUCUAGUCACUGUUUUCAAAAAGCCCAGCCAACCAUCUCGCUUGUUGUCGAAUGGAAAAUUCACAGAAUUUGUGCUCACCGAGCAUGCUCUCCGAUUCCUUCUCGAAGUGAAAACUGACAAAAAGAAGAAGAAGGGAAAUGGAAAUCGAUUGGAUACUUUCCUGUGCGAAGUCAAGAGAUUUCCGAGUGAUGUUAACCCAGAUAGUGCUGAAUUUGAGGUCCUCGAGCCAGCCUCCGGAGAAGCCUUCAUCCUUCUCACACUGAUAAAGACUGGAAAUCUCUCAACGAACUGGAAGGAAUUCCUGGAUACUCAUGGAACUCUCGAUGUCUCUACGAUUUGAAUUUUUUCCUUUUUUGAAACUCUCUACUCUUUUUCUUUUUCUCAAACGUGCAUACGGUUUGCUACACUGAAUUUGAAUUUUAAUAAUGCUUAUAAUCAUAAUUAUCGCUGUUCUGUUUCACAAAAAGUUCCUCAUUCCAAAAAAUAAACAUAUGAUUUGUAUAAUGCAAUUUUUUGUGCACGAGUUAUUAAAUAAUUUAAAAACUG